AUGCGACACCUGGAACCAGGGAGACAGAUGCUAAUGACCGUGGGAUUUGUGCACUUGCUCAGGUUCCUCAUGGUUGAAGUUUCGGAGGCAUGCCACAUGGCCAGUGUCCUCAACAACGAACCCGAGGACCUGGAGGAAACAGCAGACACGGUUGAUGUGGAGGUGGAUGGCAGUAGUCUGGUGCAAACGAGGCUGGAACUAGACAAGCUGGACAGAUGGCAUCGAUUGCUUACGACUCUGCAAAAGGAACUGGCAGGACAAAGCAAGAGCAGGCGCCGGUCACAUGUGCACCAGCUUCGGGCCAGGUUGUAUCACAUCGUCAACACUGACGCCUGGACAGCAGAGGAGGACCAGUUCUUCGCUUUGCUCAUUGGCAUGAGCGAGAGCGAGACGACCCAGCCUGUAGAUGUGGACCAAAUGUGGAUCGACAGAUGGGGAAGUGAGCUGGCAGCCUUCAUGCCAGGUAUGGAUACUCCCAUACAAAUCGUACAGGCAGGGACCAUCAUGGUUGAGGAAAGCCAAGACCCCACCGGAGGCAACACUUCGCAGGCGGACAUCGAUGCCCAUGUCGCGGACGAACACUAUGAACGAGACCUACGUGAACAAGAACAACUCGAGGCGGAAAAGGAGGUGGCAGCGAUUCAGCAAUAUGAAGAGGAUAUGCUCCGGCGCCAAGCUGCAGCUUAUCAGGCUUGGGAAGACUGGGAAAUCCAAGCAGCCCAAACCAUGGCGAGUGGACGCCAGCCUGCUCCUAGGCGGAAAAGGUGCAUCUUGGAAGUGGAGGUUGCCUCAGGGUCCGCCGAAGUGCCACGGAUUCGGCGCCGACAGGUCUACGUGGUCCCUGAAGAAGGACAAAUCUCCCUGUCGGUGAAGGCCUCUAUGGUGGACGACAUCCCGGACUCGGACGCCUCCACGAUCGUGUUGCAACCACCAGAAGAGGAAGGGACCACGGUGAUGCAGGAACUUGACUUUGAUGAGUUCAUGCGCAAGUAUUGCGAGUGGAAGGAGGGCAUCAUCACCGCUGAGUAUGUCCAGCAAACCUAUGGCAAAGUGGUCCUGGAUAUGAUGGAGGCACAAUAUGCGGCACAGGUCCUUGAAGAUUGUGAAGUCGAGGGGCGCGGACAUCUCAACAGUGCAGGGUCAGGAGCUACAGGGUUGGACUCUCCUGGGCAUCAAGCAGGGCAUGAAGGAGGGGUACUACCAGCAGGACAGACGACUGACACGGCCAUGGACAGUUUGGAGAUGUCUGCUGAACCGCCGACGACUACCACUUGGACAGUCCCGCUGCAGCCUGGGGGUCAGGGCCGUGUUGUGGACAGUUACGAGGGGACUCACGAGGGCAUCCAGGAGGACAGCAGCUACCAGGGUCACUGA